AGUCCUCAGUUCUCACACAUGGGAUCGGUGCUCGCUCUGUCCACCUCCUGCAGCCCCGGUCAGCCACCGCCGCACGCGCCCACAGCACGUCCCCGCGCCGAUUCAUGUCUUUAAUCUAACACGCGCUUUUUUUGAUUUGGUUUCUUAUUUUUCAUGUAGAGUCCAGACCUGGACCUCAGCACCAGCACAGCUGAUCACACUUUGCUUUUUCACGCAGAUUUUUGCCUUAUUUUUGUUCCUGUUUUGUUGUUGUUGUUUGGAUUCACCGGCUCCAGAUGCAGGGAGGCGUGAUGGAGAAAAUGUCCCGACACCCCAUCCCGCUCAAUCCAAGUUUCCUGCCCCCGGCGACGCACGGAGUUCUCAAGUCCCUGCUGGAGAACCCGAUGAAGCUGCCGCUGCAUCAUGAAGCUUUCAGCAAGGAGCAGGAGAAGGAGAAGAAUCUGGAGGAAGAGCGCAGCGCCCCCCAGUCGGCCUUCCUCGGCCCCACGCUGUGGGACAAGACCCUGCCCUACGACGGAGACACCUUCCAGCUGGAGUACAUGGACCUGGAAGAGUUCCUGUCUGAGAACGGCAUCCCCUCCAGCCCCUCCCACCACCACCACCACCACCACCACGACCAGCACCAACCACACGCUCCGCCACGCCAGCCGCCAAUCAUGCCCCCAACCCCACCCACACCUGCGCCCUCAGUGAUGGACCUCAGCAACCACGCCUCCACCUCCGUACACACGAGCGUCGUCUCCCCGAACUGCCUGCACAGCAGCCCGGCAAGAGCAGGCCUCCCAAACUCCAGAAACACUCCCAGCCCCAUUGACCCAGACUCCAUACAGGUUCCCGUUGGGUACGAGCCCGACCCAGCAGACCUGGCUCUGUCCAGUGUGCCGGGGCAGGAGAUCUUUGACCCACGCAAACGCAAGUUCUCGGCCGAGGAGCUGAAACCACAGCCGAUGAUCAAGAAGGCUCGCAAGGUCUUCAUCCCGGACGACCUGAAGCAGGAUGACAAAUACUGGGCCAGGCGCAGGAAGAACAACUUGGCAGCGAAGCGGUCCCGGGACGCGAGGCGGCUCAAAGAGAACCAGAUCGCCAUCCGAGCCGGCUUCCUGGAGAAGGAGAACUCGGCUCUGAGGCAGGAGGUGGCUGACCUGAGGAAAGAGCUUGGACGCACCAAGAAUAUCCUGGCCAAGUACGAGGCACAGCAUGGGCCGCUGUGAUAACACACACACACACACACACACACCCUAUAUAUAUAUAUAUAUAUAUAUGAAGCUCAUAUAUAUAUAUAUAUAUAUUUAAACACCAACACACACAGUGAGAAUGACAACCCCACCUCCUCCUGAUCCACCAGAGACCCCCCUUUAACUUCCUGCUCCACAAAUAAAGUCCUGAUGACUCGACUCACAGCAGGUGAAGGGUUAAGAUCCAAAUAAAUCCAAAAUAUACUUCAACUUUUCCUCCUCUGUGUUCUGACUUUGACCAGGAGGUGGAGGUUACUCAAUGGACCAAUGAUAAUUAAGUGCAUAGUCCAUUAAUAUAAACUCACAUGUGCUCAUUUUACAGGAGUAUGCCCCCUGAUGGUUAUUCUCUGCUGCUGAAAGUGUUCGUCUCUCAACACUUUCAGAAGAAAUCUAUCUCAAAAUUUGUUGUAAUUUCUUUAAAUGGACAUUUUAGGUUUUAACAAACAAAUGUGGAAAUAGUGGGUUAGUUUGGGACUAUUUUCUGCAGCGGAUUAAUCCACGUUGGUUUGAGUCUGUAUAUUUUAUUGUUAUAUUUUGGCACUACUUUAUUCCCUCUUUGCAAGCCAGGAGUCUUAUAAACAAAACCUUUUCACCUCCUUUUAAUAUUCUCAACUUCACCAGCUGACAUUUGUCAUCCGUCUCCAUGACAACAGUCACCCAGCAGCCGCUUAAAAAUGUGCAGGUCACCUGCUGCAUAUCAAGCCCAUUAUUCAGAUGAAUGUUAAACACACACAUACAUAGACAUGUACACACACCUGAUUGGCCGUCCCCUCGGCCCUGUGAACUCUCCUCACGGACACAAAAACUUGACCUUUUACCCCACCCCACCACUCCUUCCUCAGUGUAUGGUGACAGCACUUUACAACCACCAUAUGCCUCACUCUCUGCCAGCCCCCCUCCCCCUCACAAACUCUGCCCCCUAGCAGGUCCCCCCCAAAAUGCACCUGUUCCAUGUGUACAUACCUGCCUUCGUCCUACCCCUCAACGACUCUGUAUAUGAAUGUGUAUGUACCGCCUCCUGCUCAUCUAUUGGUCGAUCAGCCGCUUUCUUUUUUUUUUUAUCAGGACCGGUUCACACCUUCUUUGUCCCUAAUCAGUAUUUUUAUGGAUAUGUGAAACUAUAAAAAGUACAAAGAAAUAUAAGAUAUCAUAACUUUAAGAUGCACUCGCUGAUUUUGAUAUAGCACCGAAAGAAGCCAAGAAAAAAUUUAUAGCAACUAGAAAUUUGUUAUUUUUUAUAACCCAAUUUUUUUUAUAACCCCUGAAAAUGUAUUUGUUAUAAUCCCCUGAUUUGCUGUGACAACAUCAGGGAGUGUAUCUUUAAAUGCUUAAACAAAAACAGUAAAGAGAGGAAUCCAAAGAGAAUUAGCAUUUUUGCAUUUUUGAAGCCCCCUGGUGGCUGACAGGGCCCCCCUGCAGCCUCGUGAUCUGCUCCUGCCUCAGACUCUAUAUUAAUUUACAACCAGGCUGGAAGGACUGCUUCAGCUCAUGUACAGAUCGGAUCAGUUCACACAGAGGACGCUGCAGGAAGAGUUUAAAGACGAUGCCAUAGAUGAAGUCAGCUGCUGUGCUUGUGAACUUUGUUGAUUAAUGUGACAUUUUCCCUUUAGUUCAGUAUCUUCAGUGUUUGUAGAAUUGAUUGAUAAUUGAACACCCUCCUCUCAGACUGUAUCUACCUGUUCAUCUGUCUGAUGUUUGUCUCGUUGUGUUUGAGAUAAGCUGUGUUUGUCACUGUGCAUGUUAAAGUACUGACCUCGCUGUAGAAAAUCCCAACACUGCUGUCUGGAAAAAUCGACCUUCACUGAAAAGUGUAGCUCAUUAGCUUCAGUCAGUUCAUCUCAUACAACUUUUCAGAAAAAUGAAAUGUAUCAGGAUUCACUUCAGACGACAGAUACUCCUCUGCAGCUCUGCUUUUAGCUUUCAGAAUUGUCAUGAAACCUUUUGACAAUGUUACAGCUUCAUUUCACACUGCCUGCUCUGUUUAAUGGAUGAUGGGAGUCAUCCUUCUUGCAGGAUGACGGAAGUAUGUGCAGGGAUUUCUGCAGUGAACCUGCUGUCCGUAUGGCAGUGUUACAACAGUGUUACACCAACAUAACAGAUGCAGUAACAAAGAAAGAGCUGAUUUUGUUGUUUGUUUUUGUCAUUUUUCAGUUUGAGCUGCCUCAUGCUUUCAGAUCUCCAGGACAGAAUGUUUUUGUCCGUUUAGAUGUGAUCAGUUGAUUCCACCAUCACACAGUGAAGGAAAACCCCACAUCAGUCAGCUUUUUUGUCUUUGAAUGUUUAAAAAAAAAAAAAGGUUUUUAUAAGCUCAGGAGGUGGUACAAUAUUUGUCAAACUACUCAGACUUGUGUCUUUUCUUCACUAUAGAAAUCAAACCUGUUCCCUUCAGUGCAAUAGAUGGUUCUGUACAGCUUUGGCAUGAACUUAUUUUUAUUUUUUUUUGUCAUUUUAAGUGUAGCUCAGCAGUGAGUGCGCUCCCCGGUGGCCGAGUGUGACAUGAAUGUAUAUUUGAAACAGUGCGUUGAGUGAGUGGUGUUGUCUUAUACUGUGGAACCACUUUAGUACUCUUUACUACAGACCAAAAGAAAACAGUAUAUAAAGGAUAUAUUGAUAUAUUAAAGGUUUUAAUGUUUAUACAGAGCUAUUCUUCUUGUUUUUGUACAGUCUUUUUUCCUACAUAGAUAUUUCCUGUGUAUUUUGGAAAGGGUUACAUAAAUAUAAGCAGUAUAUUAACACAUAUAAAUAAAAAUAUAUUCAUACCUGUUACCAAAACGGCGAGCCCAACCAGUCUGGGCGAUGCAUGGGCAUUAUGAAAAUCCUCUGAGGUUCAUUUCCUGUCCGAUCAUUUCCUCCUCCCUUUGUAGUUGAAAUACCUCACCACCCCCCACCCGCCACCCCCACCCUGAGCAGGUGCCACAUCAUACAGCUGAGUCAGUUCUUGGCUUUUUGCACCAGGUGCUCCACUUUUCAUUUUUCAGCAAGGACAGAGUCACCUCUACCGUAGAUGGUUAUGUAUGUAUAGUUUCAUGGCUGUAUUCAGCCUAGAGGAAUGUAUUCACCCAACCUGAAGCACUUUUCUUUUCUUGUUCAGUUGUUCCUUUUCGUUCGCUGUGAUUUAUCUCUCUCCUGCAUCCUGGUGUUCAGUUCUCUCUGCUUCUUCAGAGCCUCUGCAGCUCAGAUCUGUUUGAUUCUGUGUUCAAAGAUAUUUUUCCUAUAUUUGUCAUUGAUUAUGUUUCUCAUGAUCAAAAUAAUAACAAAUAAAUAAAAGUUAAAAUCCA